AUCUUCAGCCUUGGUGAGAAGAUGCGCAUAAUUUCGGGAGUUUCAUCUGCAACAAAAGAAAAAUAAAUAUUUUCUAAAUGGGUACUUGAUAUUGGAAAUGGAAAUCUUUCGGCAAUUGCACUUACCCAUCUGAAAGACCCAACCUGGAUCAAAAUACCAGACGAGUACCUCAUUGUACCAGAUGAGGAUUGCGUGAAACAAAUUGUGUCCAUCAUAUAUCAGGCAUGCUAGACAGAUAUGGAGAUGCAGAGUACUUAAGUGAAAGAUGUAUAUUGGCACCAAACAACGAGACUGUCGAUGAAAUUAAUCACUACAUUGUUUCAACUUACCCAGGAGAAACACAUCAUUUGUUUAGUUCAGAUAGCAUUACCUUGAUGACAGGAUCCAUUCAACGGUAAGUUGUUCCGUACUCUACCAAAUUUCUGAAUUCCCUGCAAUUUCCAGGAUUUCCGGACCACCACUUGCAACUUAAAAUUGGGGUUCCUGUAACGCUACUGCAGACAAUAAAUGAGAGCAUGGGUCUCUGCAACGGAACACAAUUAGUUGUAAAACAAAUUGGUAAAAGGUUUAUUGAAGGACAGAUCAUAACAGGGAACAGCGUUGGCUUUCAUGUAUGCAUUCCAAGGAUGAUAUUCUCUCCUACCGGAGCGAACUUACCUUUUGUAUUCAGAAGAAGGCAAUUCCCUGUAAAAGUAUGUUUUGCUAUGACAAUCAACAAGAUCCAAGUUCAAACACUACAGCAAGUGGGCAUCUAUUUGCCAAAACCACUUUUUACUCAUGGACAAUUAUAUAUGGCAGUGUCUAUAACGACAUCAAAAGAAGGUUUGAAGAUUCUGAUAAAAAAAAGUGAUAAACAACCACUAGGUUUUACACAGAAUAUUGUUUACAAAGAGGUCUUCAAUAAUUUGCACCCAGGUUUCAUACAGGUUGUAGACACUCCAACAAGAAUGCCAAUUUCAGAAACUACAAAAUCUAAUACAGGUGUGCUUGGAGUUGUAGAAACUGGAAUCGGAACUGCAAUUUCAGAAACUCCAAUGAGAACCGCAGAAUCCCAGAAUCGUGGCCCAUCUAAAGUAGCUGAAAUCGGAAGUAACAAUACCUUGGAUGAUGAAGGACAUCCAAAGAAAAAAAGACUACUUUUCCAUCUACAUCCAACUUCUGGAGGGUGUUCUACAGACGAUUCUUAGUCGACGUAGAUAAAUAAGCGGGCGUGGACAUUCCAACACGAAUAAAUGACCAUAACAGCAAGCAAGCUAUUUAGAAUCACACAUGAAGGAAGCAAGAUUUAUUAUUAAUACUUUCGAAUCAGACUAUUGUAAUUGUUAAUAAAUUGACCUUAAUGGUCAUUAAGAUAUUUUAGUAUCAAACAUAAUUUUUUUUUGAAGCAUUUAUCAGAC